UGCUAUUUCUUUUGCCCUCACAUAUGGAUACAUGGUAGGUGUCAGUUAUAUGUCAGAUUAUGAUUUCACUCCCAACUGACAAUAAAUUCUGUCAUAUGAUGCAGAUCCUGCAGAACUUUCCACUACUGUUUUAGGGAUUGGUAAUAACUAUUAGUUGGGACAAGUUUUCUUCUUCACACUCAAGCUGUGCUUUCUUCGCAAACCUGGAGGACUAUACAGUGUAAAUAAAUCUGUUACCCCACCUUUUACACAAGGACCGUAGCUAGCAUGGAUGAUCAUCGUGAUAAUGAAAUACAGGGAAUUGAUGGAGCUAGUCAUCCUACGGGGGAAUCACAAGGUACCAACACUAGUAAAAAGACCAAAUUCCGUGGUCCGUCAAAAGGAGUUCAAGCCAAAAAGCCUAUGCAUCUUCAGUAUAAUCAAUAUGGAAUCCCCGAUGGAGAAUGGUCAGGAGAAUACGGGAAGCAAGUUGGGUCUUGUGCUGCUAGAAUUAACAUUAAUGUGAAAGAAUAUUCAACGUUAGAUGAACACACAAAGAAGGGGUUUUGGGAGGAGACCAAGCUUAUGUUCCACAUUAUUGAUGAUCCGGCUAAAAGGAGAGAAAAAUAUUUUCAUAUGUGUGUGGCGAAACGCUUUGGAGCUUUCAAGUCCAGGUUAACGCGGCGUUGGAUAACUAAGAAAGAAAAAAUGCCGAAACAUCAGACAAAUGACAUGCCUUGGGACAUCUACCAUCAAAUCACAGAGGAUGAUUGGAAAACAUUUGUGAUGGAACGAAACAAGCCGGAGAUGUUGGUUCGUAGAGAAAAAGCAAGUAAAAGUGCAUUACAAAACAAGCACCCACAUCGCACAGGCCAAAAGGGUUAUGUUAGAAAGAGACCAGAGUGGAUAAAUGAUGGGCGACUACCGCCAGAGGCAGCUUUAACCCUCUCAAGUGGCUCCUCCUCAGUGACCUCAUCACUCACCACAGCGCCAGAUAGAUUUAAGAAGUUUAGAUCAGUAGAGUGGAUCUUGGCUCAUCAAGUUAAAAACAAAGAGGGAAAGUGGGAAGUUGACCCGAAUGAUAAGGAAGCCGUAAAUAUUACUAAGAUGGCUUUGGAGUACAUAGAAGAAGAGGGAAAAGAAAAUAUUUCUUUCACCCAGGGAGAAGAUGCCCUCACCAAGGCUAUGGGAAAAAAGGAUCACCGUGGGCGUGUCAAGGCAACAGGUGGAGUUAAUGUCGGUUACAAAGUUGCUUUCGGUCCAAUAGACCGAAGUAGUAGAUGUGGCCAUAUUGAACCAUCACCGGAGGCAGUCGAAUCAAUCAGAGCUUCGGUGAGAAGGGAGUUUGAAGAUCAAUUAGAGAGAAAGGUGGCGGAGGCCCUCCAAAACCAACUAUCCACAUUGAAAGCAACCGGUCAACUAAACACCCUCUCUACCCCCGCACUUGAUUCUGCUCUUGUAAGUGAUGAGUUUGAUGUUAACCGUGCACUCGUAACCUGUUGUCCGAGUUCAUCGCAGCAACCACGCGAGCUGAAGGCAUCAGCUUUCCCGGACACUUGA